AUGAAUCCCCAAUUCCAAGCUUCUUAACACCCUAACUAGUAAGGUUAUGUAUCAACAGGAAUUCCUGGGCAAGUUUAAAAGCAGCCUGUGAACGUAUAAAAUGUUCUCUUUUUAACUGGUACUGUUUUGGCGGCUAUUAACUGCUUCGCCAGAGCUGACUAUAAUUUACCAGUUUUCUUAGUUUCAUAUCUCCUUUGGGAAUAAGAUUAUGGUAGGGAAUAAACACAAAGAGCAAGAAUCCUUUAUCUUUUGAUGUUCUGCACCUUCGUUGAUUUCUUUUACAUAAUAUAUUGGGGCUCUUCCAUUAGUGUUUUUACUAAAGAUUUGGAAUGGCUUAAUUCUGUUUAUGUUUUCACCAUCAUUAUGACAGCUAUUCUUAUGGUUAUUAAGUUUGUUAUCUUAUUCAGAGCUACUUAAACCGAUUAAACUUUACAAGAGAAAGUUAGUGUUUAAGGUAUCACUAAUAGCUUAAGUGCUUUCUUCGCUAGUGAUCCUUAUGGUUAAAACUCACUUCAUGCUCAAAACUAUCCUGCUUAACAACCUUAAUAAGCUAUCCCAUAAUAACCAAAUUUCUAGUAAAAUGUAUAUGGUUACGAUUCAUAAAAUAUGAACUAACUUAAGUGA